GGCAGUCUGAGUCACUUGCAAGUGCACGCUCUUUCUAUGGGCCCACCCGAAGGGCCGUCUAUAUUGACGGCCCUGGCCUGGAUGGAGGCAACGGUUGCUGUUAACUCUGUGUCCUCUGCUCACACUGCUUGUAUCAUCGGAGAGACCCAAAUCAAGCGCCCUGCAGAGCAGCAUCACAUCUCCCUCAUCUGGUGUCGUGGACAGCCAGAUGCCCUCAGAGUUUCCCUCCUGUCCCCAUCACCAGACUGCCCAACCAUCUACUCACCUGUCCCCACUUUCCUCAUCAGUCCUCCAGACAGGACCGUGCACAGGCGUUUUGGAGGGUAGCUGCUGAAGCAAAAUAAGAGCAUCCCUGUUGGAUUCAUUUGUAAAAGAGGCAGAGACAGACACACAGCAGGCACAUCUGCCCCAGAGCUGAAACCUCCCAGAGCGGUUCAACACCCACCUCCACCUGCAGAGCUUCACCCACCUGCUGCUCCCCCCAACCUCCACAGGGCUCCAUCAUGGUGAAGCCAGGUGCACUGCUCCUCCUGCUGGCAGUUGCUGCAAGCUUUCGUCCGUCUCAGGCUGAAGAGUUUGAUAUCAGCAGUUGUUCCAUCAACUAUUAUGGAACACUAUACAACAAGAUAAAUGUGGGUGUAAACUCAGGAGAUAAAACAGCUUUGGCUUGUUUUGUAGAUGACCAAUCAUCUGAAAUUACAGAGGACUGCAUUUUUAUGGGAUUUGUGUUAACCUCCACCAUAGAGAAGAUAGGCUAUCCUGAGUCCAUGCCACUGUCAGAGGUUUUUCCAAUUAUAACAGAAGACGCAACCUGCCAUACUGUGCUGAAAUUCAAAUCACCCACCCAAGACGUGCAACUCACACUCUACCGAGCUGGCUCACAAGCAGCUCUAAAAUUUGAAACAGGCGAUGUGAUUGCAGAUGUCCCUUCUUUCUUUGAGGUGACUGCAAAAAGUGGAGGCAGAGAUGUGACUACUAAAGUUUUUACUACCGAUAGUCUAAGUGCUGGAGACUACAUAGACAUAAGUGGAUGCAGAUAUUCUGGGGUUGCUGUGGAACGUGACGGUAUGUAUGACAGCUCUACCUGCUCUGACGUAACCUGCGAUGUCUCAUCAGGAAUUGGCAUGCCAAUAUACGCUUGUGACACUUUUGAGACUUGCGUGGCUGGCGUAUGCAUUACACCCAAGGCAGUGUGCACUGUGACUGGUUCUUCUAUCAUUGAUUUCAACAAUAACGAAAACAGAGUCACAGAUCGCUGCGCAUACACUCUGUUGAAGCCUUCAUCAGACUCCAGUUAUAACCUGGUGGCAGUUUUCAAGGAACGACGACGUAAAGAUGUGGCAUUUUUGGACCACUUGAUAUUUCAAGUGUUGGGGACAAAGAUCUAUGUGGAACAAGGUGGAAGAGUUGAGGUUGGUAGUAACCCACUGACACUCACCGACCAGUUUGAGACCCAGCACGGUGUGGAGAUCCGCAAGGUACAGAACGAAGUUACUUUCAAGGUACCCGGCACCUCAUUGGAAGUCGUCUAUGAUGGCUACAGUGCACAUGUGUCAGGACCAACUGACAGUAAUGUCAAGGGCAUGUGUGGUAACCCCUCUGAUACAAACUACGCCCCCACCUUCAGUGACCUCAAGUCUUCUGAAAGUGAAUCAGAAUGCGGCACUGCAAAAACCGACGACAGCAAUGAUCCAGACUGCGCGCCCAUAACUACUCACUGUGAACUCCUGAACCAGGCUCCCUUCGAUACCUGCACUGACCACAUUGACACAGCGUCCUACAUCAGUGCCUGCAAAUCCAUCUUGUGCCACUACCCAGAUGUGGACGGUCACAAAUGCCAGUUUUUUGAGGCUUAUGCCAAGUCCUGCAAACUGUCCUACGACAUCACAUUGGACUGGAGUUCAGUAGAGGGCUGCUCAUCUGACCCUCAUGCCUGUCACAGCCAGCACUGCGCUGACCACGAGUUCUGUGGUGAUAAGACGGAUGGAACCCGCUGCUUCUGCCGGGCCCUGUAUGCCGACCAGUACCCAGAGACUUUCGGUGAACCAACUGCCUGCACGACAAAGACUGCUACUCUUUCGAUGGCAAACUGUUUGCUGGAGGACAGUGGCAUUGACCACACCACCCUACACCUCAAGCAGACGGACUGCACUGGUACUUUUGAUUCCACGACCAACAUGGUGACCUUCUACUUCGAUGACAGCAGCAACACCUGUGGGACGGAGGUUUCGAAAGAGGGCAACGACGUGAAAUACACAAACAUCAUCACAACUCAGGACUAUUCCAAUGACGUUAUCGUUCGCCACGACCAAGUGACGAUCGACUUCUCCUGCCUCUACAGAAUGCCUGAGCUCAACCAAGUGACCUUAAAGAUCGUGGACAGCUCUGUGAAGAAGACAAUUACUUCUAGAGAUUUUACUUUCUCACUGACGAUGAGCGCGUACACUGACAGCCAGCACCAGAACCUUAUUGAUGAGAACACUGACCUCCACCUGAACCAGAAGAUCUAUGUGGUGCUGAUGACGACAGGGCUGGAUUCCAACAAGGUUGUCUUAGUGACCAAAUCCUGCUCAGCAGAAAGUGAGGAAGCAGGAAACGGCGAUUCACCGUACAACCUCAUCACUGAAAGAUGUGGUGAUGACUCGACGGUGGAGCUGGAGGGAAACGGGGUGCAAACGUCCAACUCCUUCUCUUUCAACCUGUUCCAGUUCAAUGGGAAAAGUGGCAAGAUCAACCUGAACUGUGAGGUGGAGCUGUGCCUGCCUGAGGAGGAACAAUGCGAUCCGGACUGUAGCAGUAAAAGGAAGCGCAGAUCUUUCAGGUCUAAAUAUGAUAGAAACUCGGCCCGCAUCUCUAUGUCCUGGAAUAAUUAAAGACAGCUCCCCUUCUGAUGAAUUACACGGUGAUUCCUGAUUUGAGCUUCAUCCCAACAAGAAGUUAUCGUUGCUGUGAAACAGCGUCGGCAGAUAAUCUUUGUUUCAUCCACCUGAGAUGGCGUUUAUCAUCUCUGCAGAAUCCGUGGGCUGCUGAUUCGACCCACUGAUUCAUGCACAUAUAAUCUGUGGUGAAAUAAUUGAAGUAUAGUGCAGUGAAGUACAAAAUAAUCAAUGAAGGGUUUAGAGGGUUUUAUUGAGUCCAUGCACUACUUCCUGGUCCUGUGGGUUCUUUUGAAAUAUACACUGCUGUGAAAAGUUUGGAAUCAGUUGUUUUAUUGAUAUAUUUUUUUAUUCCUUCAAUUUUAUUUUAAAAGAGAUUAAAAACAGUUUAAUUCAGACAUUUGAUGUAUUUGAAAUCAUUUUGGCUCCAGAAGAAGAAGAAGAAUGAAAUUAACUUACUUUAUCAUGAAACUACAUCAGUGUAACUGGAUUUAUUUGUAAAGAGGACUUUAUAAACCCUGAAAGCAUCAAAGAGCAUUCAAACACAUGGAGUCGUCCUCUCAGACAGAAGCUUCUGUGGCAGCAGAUUACAAACUUUUGCACAAUUGUGUUUUUUUAAUUUCUUCUUUAAUCUAAUUUCACCUGCCUUCUUUAAAUGUACACAGCUUAAAUGCUACCCAGUGAAUGAAGGAACACAAAUUUCUGUUUCAGUGACAUGAAGUAAAAAGAAGUUUCAGCUGAAAGACAGCGAGAAGGUUUUAAGAUCCAGUUGAAGGAAAAUCCUGAUGUGAAUGUGAAUGUUCAAAUGGUGAUUGUUGGUAGAUUAAUGAUUGUCAGUUAAAUAACACAGAGACAUGCUGUUGUACCGUUACUAUUUUAUCAUUACUGUCAGCAAAACAAAGAC